AUGCGAGGCUUGCAGACUGGUAUCGGUCUGAUCAAGCUUGUUGAAGACUGGAUAAUGUCUGUGAACGGCAGUGCAAUUCAAGAAGCUCUCAGCAACCCUGUAAGCGAGUAUCAUAUGAAGCCAAGUGUGCCGGUUGUGCAUAAUGCGCUUUCAUCUGACAUGUCUCUUAGGGAGCGCCACAUAAGCCGUACUGCAGAGCAGCGCAUUUUGCUCGGGCUUGCCUCCAGCCUGUACAAGUGUCUUGGCUCUCUGCAUGCCCUGGUGUUGCAGUUGCGCGUAAUGCGCCGGGACUGCCUGUUACCCAUCCUUAAGAAGCCCAUAUCUCAGGCAGAUUUCAAUCGACUGCAGGAAGGGCCUGAUUUCUGCACUCCGACAAAGUAUGCGGCAAUGAUGCAAGGUUUCUGCUCUCUUUCCCUCUAUGUAAUGAUUGCACCAUUCCUCAGCGUGCAGGCCAUGUGCACAUGGCUCCUGCUGUAUUGGAUAUACAAAUGUGCGUUGUUGCGUCUUGCAAAACGGCCGAACCCCGAAAUGACAGCUGUAGUUAACCAAGCUAUAUUGGUACUUCGGGCAUCGGUACUGCUCCUAGCAGCUGGCUCCUUUUUGCUGCGGCCUACGACAACAGGAAGCGCUGUACAGACCCUCCAUAUAUGCGGCUUUUCUGCGGGGGUAGUGGCCCUCGUUUCAAUCCUACUGCCACGCUGGUUGCAACUUAAAUUCACCUACCUCUGCGCGACUGGAGCGAAACCAACAACAUGGCAAACUGUGCACUACUACAAGCUUCAGCACGCUUUCUUUGUGCAUUAUCACACGUCCAAUCCAGUGUAUGCUUCCUGGGGGCCAGAAAGAAAUCCCCAGAUCCUUCGUGAACCGGGAGUAAGCGCAUGCUCCCCCGGUGCCACCGCAAAGGCAUUCGCUGCUAGAGGCGCAGCAAAGAGGGCCAGGCGGCGCAUGGCCGCUUUCAAGACCAGAAUACCCGAGGCUGCUUCUGCGUGCAAUAUCCCAAAGGCAGGUGGCGUCAAUUCUUCAGCCCCUGGUUCAGAUUCUGGCUGCAGUGAUGCAUCUGGAAGCAGUAGCAGGGAUAGCAGUGACAGCGAGACAACGGAUGACCUUGUUCCCAACGCCGCAGCCAUGAGAAGAUUAAGGGCUACACUGGUCGAGGGAAGGGCUGCGCCCGAAUUCCAGAGGCUCCUCAUAGAGUCACAAUCAAAAAGCACAGCUAAACCCAAAGCAAGGGCUUCUGCUGCUCAAGCUUCUGCAAGUAGCAAGCAAUCUAAAGAUGCGGCUUCUGGACAUUCGCCCUCUUUCCAAGGCACAUCCAGGACUAAUGGCAUGAAAGAGGCAGUCAAAAGUCCUCUAGGGAGGGACAGAAGUUUUCGAAGCCAGCAGUCUCUCCUCAGUGGAGAGGCAUUCCCCCGGAACGCCGCCACAGAAUCUGACGACACAGGAGAAUCGGAACAGCCCAGCAACUUUACUAGUUGGCUACAAAGUCUCCUGCUGAAGCACCUUUACUUCAUAGGCUGUUCGCUGAGUGAGUCCGAAGGUAGUGGAGUAUGCGCUGAUUCAGCAUGUGGGUCCACGCAUGACCGCUGA